AUGCCAGAUGAAAACCUCAAGCCCCCAUAUGAAAAAGCAAACCGAAAGUUCGUCAUCGCUAAUGCUCAGGUCGAGACGGUUCCGAUUAUCUUCUGCAACGAUGGCUUCUGUGAGCUCACGGGAUACUCGCGUGCCGAGGUCAUGCAGAGGUCAUCUCUGUGUGACUUUCUCCACGGGCCACUCACCAACUCGCUGGCCAUCUCACAGAUUCGGGACUUCCUGCAGGGCUCUGAGGAGAAUCAGGUGGAGAUCCUGUACUACAAGAAGGACGGCACCAGGUUCCUGUGCAGCGUGCUGGUGGCCCCCGUCAAAAACGAGACUGGUGACAUCAUCAUGUUCAUCAUCAACUACGAGGACAUCACCGAGAGCGCUUCAAAAAACGAGCUCAAGAAGUUCACAAACAGUCGACACCGCAGCUUCAAGCUCCGCCUGCCCUCCAUACGGCGCGACAUCCGCACCCGCGUCAAGACCUCCGCGGAGAAGAGCCAGCAGCCGCCCGCAGACCCAGAGAACCCGUCCCAGAACGAAGAGGCGGUGCCGCUCAACAGGAUGGGGCAGGCCGGCGCCCCCGACGAUCGAGAGGGCGCCGAGGCAGGGGCGUCCCAGUCGCGGCUGUCCUCCCACGGCGCCCGGGACGAGGACGACGGCAACCUCUCGCGGCCCGGUCGGUCGAGGGACGGCCCGGGGGACGGGCGGCCCCUGGCGGACGAGAGGGACAUGUUGACCUCCAUGGUCAGGGACGGAGCUGAUGUGGACAGGGGGAGGGACGGAGGCGGAGGAGAGGGCUCCGGUCUCAACCAUAUGGACAUAGUUCACAAACGGCCACCUUACGUCAGAGCACGCGCUCAUACCAUAGAAUCUUCAUGUCCCAGUGUUGUGAACCACGUCAAACCCAACUACGUCAGCCAAGCCUCCAGUGACUCAGAACUCAACCGACGGUUACGUCCCUUGGACGACAGCCUCAGCAACGUGGCAGAGGCGGGCAGCAGAAGGGGGGACAAGGAUGGGGCACCGGCCCCACCCAAGGGCAUCAUCCUGCCCAACGUGGCCAACAUGAAGCAGAACGUGUCAGACAAAGUCGCCCAGGUUCUAUCUUUGGGGGCUGACGUUCUACCGGAGUACAAGCUACAGUCUCAGAAAAUCCACAAGUUCACUCUCCUGCAUUACUCCCCUUUCAAGGCAGUCUGGGACUGGAUUAUCCUCCUCCUAGUUAUUUACACCGCCAUCUUCACCCCUUACGCUGCCGCUUUCUUGUUGAGUGAAGAGAAAAACAGCAAUAAAUCUCCAGCCACCAUCCAGGAACGUUACUCAGAACCUCUCACUAUUAUUGACUUGAUUGUUGAUAUUAUGUUUAUUGUUGAUAUUUUUAUAAAUUUCCGCACCACAUAUGUGAAUAAAAAUGACGAGGUGGUCAGCCACCCUGGCAAGAUUGCUGUUCAUUAUUUCAAAGGAUGGUUCCUCAUUGAUGUUGUUGCUGCCAUUCCAUUUGAUCUGUUGUUGUUUGGUUCAGAAACAGACGAGACUACGACGUUAAUAGGUUUACUGAAAACUGCCAGGUUGCUACGUUUGGUUCGUGUGGCCAGAAAACUGGACAGAUAUUCCGAAUAUGGUGCAGCAGUUCUUCUUCUUCUAAUGGCCACGUUUGCUCUUAUAGCUCAUUGGUUGGCUUGUAUAUGGUACGCCAUUGGAAACAUGGAGCGCAGCUUAAAUACAAAUAUUCCAAAAAUAGGGUGGCUGGAUCAGUUGGCUAAUCAAACGCAUCAGUACUAUAACAGCAAUGACAUCCACAGUGGUCCAACUAUAAAGUCUAAAUAUGUGACAGCCUUAUAUUUCACUUUCUCAAGUUUGACGAGUGUGGGAUUUGGAAAUGUUUCACCUAACACAAACUCAGAGAAAAUAUUUUCUAUUCUUAUCAUGCUUAUAGGAUCCCUUAUGUAUGCUAGUAUCUUUGGUAAUGUUUCCGCAAUUAUUCAGAGGUUAUACUCAGGCACAUCUCGUUAUCAUACUCAAAUGCUAAGAAUCAAAGAAUUUAUACGAUUUCAUCAAAUUCCUAACCCUCUGCGGCAACGUUUAGAGGAAUAUUUUCAACAUGCUUGGUCUUAUACAAAUGGCAUUGACAUGAAUAUGGUUUUAAAGAGCUUCCCAGAAUGUAUACAGGCUGAUGUUUGCUUGCAUUUAAAUAGAAAUUUACUUCAAAAUUGCCCUGCAUUUAAAAGUGCCAGCCCGGGUUGUUUAAGAACUUUGUCGAUGAAAUUUAAAACAACACACGUGCCACCUGGAGACACACUUGUACACAGGGGAGAUGUGCUCUCAGCCUUAUAUUUUAUUUCCAGAGGUUCUAUUGAAAUUCUCAAAGAUGAUAUAGUUGUUGCCAUUUUAGGAAAAGAUGAUGUUUUUGGUGAGAACAUAUGCAAGUAUGAAACAGUAGGGAAGUCAAGCUGCAAUGUUAGGGCCUUGACCUACUGUGAUCUCCAUAAGAUUCAUCGCAGUGAUUUGCUGGAGAUUCUGGACAUGUACCCAGAGUUCAGUGAGGAUUUCAGAAAAAAUUUAGAAAUAACCUUUGACCUCAGGGAUGUUCACUGUUUAUUUAGAGUUCAUGACGAUGGUCUUAAUUCUAGGAGAAAUUCAAGGUUUAGAAGAUCUCUAAAAUCUGUUCCAUACCUUGGAGCUUUUCAGUCUGACUCCCAGGAACUUCCAGAAGAUAUCCCAGUGAUGUCCACAUCAGUUACCUAUGUUACUACUGAAGAUGUUCCCUUAAACAGUCAGCACAUAUGGGCUGAAGAUGCACCAGGUCCAAACUUGUUUCGGUCUACUCGACUGCGCAAGAGGCGGUCACAUGAGGAUGGAGGCCACAAUUCAAUGGAAUAUCCAAGUGAUGAUGAAGAAGUUCGGGAAAGUGGUGGAGGCAUUUUAGAAUUCACCCCAGCUAAAGCCGGCCUUGAUAUGACUCCGGCUAAUUUUGAUUUUGAAAGUAAAGAUGAGAAAAAGAGAACAGCCGCUGGUCUCUCUAGUUUAGCAGCAGGUGCAUUGUCCAGUGUCUCAAGUACAUUAAUGAACGUAGUGUCCAACCGCUAUGAUGGGAGUAGACGUAAUCAAGAGUUGGCCCCACUUCUUCAAGACCAGAAUGCAAGUCCUGAAGCACAUGCAAAAGGAGCUUCCAUAUCUUCAGUACCCAAGUCUACAUCCACUAUGACCCUGCCAGUUUCUAGCACAUCAAGCUAUUCUCAGUUUGAUGACCAGGGACAAAUGGUUGUGAUUAUGCCAACAGCUAUGCAAGGCGAGGCUACUAACAUGUACUCAGCGAUCCCUCUUGAUGUUGAAAGAAGACUCAAUGAACUUUCAAAACAACUCACAAGGCUGGAACAUAAGAUGAGCUCAGAUAUCGCCCUUAUCCUUCAAGUUCUUCAGUCUCAAGGCCACAGCCAGUUUACUUCUCCUUCCACUCCUCCACCACCACCACCUAGAAUGGGAGAAGGAGACACAUUCCCAAGCCCCACAGCAGGAGAUUUUCAUGUUUAUGAUUACCCCUCCCCACCACAUAGUUUUCCACCACCACCAGUUAUAGAAGCUUCUGGUGGUGCCAGUGCUUCGUGGUUACCCCAGUCCCAAACAGAAUCAGUACCUCUCUCGACGCAACUCUCGUCUCCUUCCUUCAGCAGUCAAUCCUGCCAUGUCUCGCAGUCUUCUAGCACUGAUCCCCUGUCACCUUCCAGUCUCGCAUAUGUCCUGCCAAAGUCUAGCCAAUCAAAGGGCUCAGUUCCUGCUUCCUCCAGCUUGUCCACUGCCAGUCCACGCUUGACCACAAGCAGCAGACAAAAAAUAGACAAUGUUGUUGAAGAAUCAGAGCAAAUGUCAACAGUCAGCCAAGCAACGGUGCCUACAUUAUCAGAACGUGGGGAGCCAAGUUCAUCCGAUGGCUCUUCAUCUUCUGAAGAGCGUCUGUUACCACGUUCAUACCAAGAUCCGUAUCAUCCGACAGUGGUUGGAACUAGAGAUGCAUUAACAUUAGAACAGCGCAGGCUGAUUGAUGCCCCCGAUGACUCUGAUGAUUAUAAAGAUACCUUAGUUUAAUAAAUUACAAGUUUUGGUUUUUUUCUCACCCAGGUACAGAUCAGAUUUUGUAACAAAAGCCUUUGUUUUAAAUAUACAAACUAAAAUGUUUCAUGAAAAGAGAACAAGUGCAUUAACAGGGAUAAGCUACACAAUCAGAGUGAUUAGUUGCUUAUGUGAUCUGAAUACUGUUGUGAUUUUUUCCAUUAUUUGUUUUUAGCUGGCAGUUUUGCCUAGCAGCAAAAGGCAUUUCUUUUUUACCUGUUAAAAUAGGAAAAAAAAUCAUUACAUUAUCAUUUAUUUCCAUGAAUUGAUAAUGUAAAAUUAGUGAAUGUAAAUGAACAUUCCAGACAAAUACUUUUCAUUUAUUUGUUUAUAUUGUAAGACAUUAUUUUUACCUUAUUCCUAGUUCAAAAUGUUUUAAAACAUACUGGACCAAAUUACAGAAUAUUUCCUGCCAGUAUGUUUGUAAUAAAUGUGAGAUAUAAUCAACAAUUGCCUUAGAAUUAUAUAAUAAAAAAUGAUAACAACAGAAUGGACACUUUUUAUCUUGCUUCUUUGUUUUAAAAUAAAACUUUAUUUUAAAAAAUGUUUAAACUAGGUAUGAUG